AUGCAGUGCCGCCUGUACGAAUUACGAAAUGGCCGUCGAAUUCCGGUUGCUGCCGCCAGCAAGAUGCUAGCCAACCUUCUCUUCGAAUACAAGGGCACCGGUCUGAGUAUGGGUACCAUGUGUGCUGGUGUGACCAAAGAGGAAGGACCAGCACUGUACUAUACUGAUUCGGAUGGCACACGAAUGGCAGGCAACCUGUUCUGUGUUGGUUCUGGACAGACCUACGCCUAUGGUGUGCUCGAUGCGGAAUACACAUAUGACCUAAGCGUGGCGGAUGCCCUUGACUUAGGCCGUCGAAGCAUUCUUGCUGCUACCCAUCGAGACGCAUAUUCUGGAGGUUCAGCGAAUGUUUACCAUGUGCGAGAGAACACAUGGGUGCACCACGAGUUCACUGAUACCGGGCAACUGUUCUGGAAAACAAGGUUGGAAAUGGGUGAAUUUACCAAUGUUACGGAUGCUGGUGACUAG